AUGCGUCGCCAUCCGGUGGCUUCACUCCUUAUUUGCUUCUGGUUGGUGGAGAGGAGCCACUGUAACGGCAGCCUGCAGGAGAGCAUGGGAGUGCUGCACACCAGGUUCGCCCUCAGCCUCUACCAGACGCUCACCGAGACGGAGAACAACUCCAACCUGAUCGUGUCUCCUGUGAGCGUCUCCUUGUCCCUGGGCCUGCUGCAGUUUGGGGCCAGGGGCAACACGCUCGCUCAGCUGGAGGAGACGCUGGGGUACAACGUCAACGACGCUCAGGUACAUGACCUCCUGUUGCACUCCCAGGGUGACGUGAGCAACACCAGCCAGGGGAUGUGGCUGCAGCAGACCUGCACGUUAUUCAUCCAGAGUGGCGUCCAGCUCCUGACGGAGUUCACACAGCACGCAGCCGUCUGGGCCAACACCAGUGUGGUCCGGGCCAACUUCAGCCAACCCAACCACACCCACAGCCCGCAGGAGAGACCGAACCACAACCAUGAUGAGACGUGGCCCCUCCAGGCAGGAAGCAGCAGCGGGGAGCUGUCGGGCUCGGGCGAGGCCCAGACGGAGGCUCUGUGGUGGGGCCACCGGCUGCAGAUGGCCCUGGUCAACACGGUGGCCUUCAGGGGCGUCUGGCAGAAACACUUCCUCUUCACCAACACCCAGAACCUGCCCUUCACCCUCUCCGACGGGAUUGCUAUCAAGGUGCCCAUGAUGUACCAGGCCACAGAGGUCAGCUUCGGUCAGUUCAGGACGGCAUCAGACCUGCGAUACACCGUGCUGGAGCUGCCUUACCUGGGCCGCUCCCUGAGCCUGCAGGUGGUCCUGCCCAGCGAGAAGAAGACGCCGCUGUCCUCCCUCGACUCCCAGCUCAACGCUCGCCAACUGGCGUCCUGGGACACUGGCCUACGCAGAACCAAGAUGGACAUUUUCCUGCCCAGGUUCAGGAUGCAGAACAAGUUUAACCUGAGGUCGGUGCUUCCCGCCAUGGGCAUCAGUGACGCCUUUAACCCAACAGCAGCUGACUUCACUGGGAUUUCAGAGGCGGAGGGCCUUUAUGUGUCUGAUGCUUUCCAUGAAGUGAGGAUAGAAGUCACAGAAGACGGGACAAAGGCAGCUGCUGCCACAGCUAUGGUGCUACUGAAACGAUCCCGUGCUCCUGUUUUCAAGGCGGACCGGCCGUUCUUGUUUCUGCUGCGACAGGUUAACACAGGAUCCGUCUUAUUCAUGGGCCGAGUGAUGAACCCAGCAGACCAAGCACCCUGA